UAAAUAUCUCUCUAGUACCUUCCUAAAACAUAUUUAUUCCUAUUUAAUCCUACUUAUAUCUUUUCAUCUAUCAUAAUAGAAGAGCCAAAUUCAAUGUGCUUUUUACCUAUGUUUUAAUAUCUUUUAAAUUAUUGUGUAAAUCAAAUAAAUGAUAAGAUAACAUAAAUGUUGUCACAUAGAGUGGUAGAUAUUACUUUAGAUUUAGUACCUGGGUGUGUUCUGUUACUUCUGUUCAUGUUAAAACAAUGAAGUUGCUACAAAAAACUCUCUUCAUCAUAUUCUUUUAUGUUAACUUAACAUACAGUUAUAAAAUAUGCGCUUUGAAGAAACACGAAAACAUUUGUGGUCAAUUGGAACGAAACAACCGCAUUAAAUGCGAAUAUGUAGACAAUGAAGCGAGUUGUUUAAUAAAAAUCGAUUCAGGCGAAAUCGAUUUUGGUUCGAUAAACGCCGAAACAGCAUUCCUGGGGAAUGGAUUAAUAUCGAACGUUGUUCCGUUCGCCCAAAUCAUACCGGAAACGGCAAGAAACGUGGAGUUCGAUUAUGAAACGGUUGUAGUAUCGGAAGAAAAAUUCGAAUCACUGGAAGGAUUAAGCUAUUGCCAUCCCGGCUUUGAAAACACCCUGAUUCCUCCGCUAAUUUUAAAAGAAUUUGAACAACACGUUUUUAAAAAGUAUUCAAAUCAUUGCGAUACUGAAUUUGAAACUUCGGUUGAAUGGGAAAUUUUCGCCUUAAACAAGAUUUUUGGAGAUAGUUGUAGAGAUGGGGUGUGGACACCUGAUAAAAAAUUGGAUGAACAUUUACAUGAUAAAUAUCCGGGAUUAAUUAAAUUAUGUCCAAACUUAAAUGGAGAUCCUUUAGAACGAUCGUUACAGUGCAUGUUGAACACGAAACAUUCGAUUGCUUUAACUACAUCAAAUACAAUCAAUAAUAAAAUUAAUACAACUAACAAAGCUUUGUGGUAUUAUUGCAAAAAUGGAACUGUUUCAAAUACGCCAUGUAGUUGGAGUAAACAACCAUAUCCAAUAUUAAUUAUGAGCAACCAUCAGAGCCAACCUGGCAACCUAGAAAAUACUCUAAAGAAAUGGUUAUCAAGAGAGGUUUUUAAUAAAGACGGCAGCGAGGAUAGUGAAUCAGAUUUAGAUGAAAAAGAUUUAAGAUAUCUUAAAGAAAUUCUCAACAAUAACAAAGAAUUGAAUAACGUUGUUGUGAAUUACAAGUUAUUCAAUGACAACACCUCGAAUGCUUGGGGAAACUUUAUAAAAAGUUUUCGAGAUAUUCCAUCCCCAGACGAUUCAAUCAUCUGCAAACGCAAAAUGAGAUGGUGCACAACUUCCGAUAAUGAGCAAACCAAAUGUAAAUGGUUAUCUCAAGCCAGUAUAAAUUACGGAAUCCAACCGGUUGUUGAAUGCGUUCAAAAAUCCAGUGAAUUAGAAUGUCUUAAAGCAAUUAGUAAUAACAAUGAAAGUGCUGAUUUAAUAACAACAUCCGCCGACUUAGGAUAUGCGGCGAAAAAAUAUGGUUUAUCAGCAAUCGCUUUUCCUGAAACGUAUAAUAAUCAAGAAAUAAACACCUUACUUUUAGUUAAAAACGAUAGAAAUAUCGAACGAUUAGAAAAUUUGAAAGGUAAAAAAGGAUGUUUUCCUUUAUACAGCGGUAUCGCUUGGUUAUCUUUCGUCGAAGCCACAAGAGGAAUUGUUUUAUCAAACGAGUCUUGCGAUUACGGAAAAUUAUUGAGCGACUUUUUGGGCGAUUCUUGCAUGCCUGGAGCUAUAGAAACUAACCGAGCCAUCCACAAUACAGUUGAUUCUGAAAAAAUGUGCAAAUUAUGCACAGAAACAGGAAAAACUUGUGAGGCAUCCGAAGCGACAAAUUUAUACUUUAACACAUCUGGUGCACUCAGAUGUUUGGAGGAAAAAGGAGAUUUCGCUGUGAUCGUCAAAGAUCCUUCGUUAGUAUUCCCCAAUAACGUUCAAGUAAUGUGUAAAAACGGGACAUUUUCGACGUUGGAUGCUUUUAAUGUGGACGAAGGAUGUUAUUUAUCAACUCUAACAACGAGCGAGGUUAUUACGAGAAUUAACGACCCAUUAAAUAAAGACAUCCAAUUAGCAUUAUUACAAUAUGAUGAAUGGUUUGCCGCUAAAACUCACACACCCUUCAGAUUAUUCGAUAGCUUUAACAAUACCAAGGAUUUAUUAUUUAAAGAUUCCACUCCAGGUUUAGCUGUUCCAACCUCACAGAAACCACCCAUCAAAAAUUACGUUGAACUAUUUAAGCAUAUCGGCGAUUGUAGCAAAGGAUCUGGUGUAGCAGAUAAUCCCUCGAAAGGGAUUAGAUCAAUCACUUUUGUCACUACGACUCUUUUAAUUUUCACGACAAUUAUCAUGAAUUUAUUUUAGUAAGGUUAACUUAUUAAUAUAUCUUUAUACAUAAUAUCUUUCAUAUUAAAUUAUAUAUUUUUUGUAAAUUUGCAA